AUGAGUUCCGCCUGUCAAGCCGGGCUUCUGCUCGGCUCCUCUCUCCUGCUGGUCUUGCUCUGUCCGGCCUCGGCCGGCCCGUGGAUCGACCUCAGCCACACAUACGACAAGACCACACAGUACUGGCCGGGUAACCUCAAGUUCAACCUGAGCGAAGUGUUCAAAGGACAGCUGGACGGCUUCUGGCUGGAGAUGCACAACUUCGCGACAGCGGAGCAUGGCGGCACCCACAUGGACGCGCCCGUGCACGUCUUCAUGGGCGGCUGGACCUUGGAGAAGAUCCCUGUCGAUCGGUUUGUGGCGAACGCGGCUGUGGUCAACAUCUCCGCCCGGAGUCAGGCUGACCCUGACACGACCUUGACCCCGGCCGACCUGAUCGCCUGGAAGGAGGCGCACGGCGACUGGAUCUACCCCACCAUCCUGCUGGUGAACACCGGCUACGCUGCCCACUGGGGCAACAACACGCGCUACUGGGGUGUGCCACCCGAGGAACUGAAAAAGGAGACGUCAGUUGGAUAUAACGUGCACUUUCCUGGCAUCGGCGAGGCAGCGGCUGAGAUGAUCGCCGCCGACGGCGCCAUCGUCGGCGUCGGCAUCGACACGCCCUCACUGGACCCGGGCACCAGCAAAGUGCUCCCCGCCCACCAGGCGCUGUUCCGGCGCAACAUCUUCGGCCUGGAGCACGUGGGAGACAUGAGCCGGGUGCCGGCCACCGGCGCCACGAUUCUGGCGUUGCCGAUGAAGAUUGGCGGCGGCAGUGGCGGGCCCUGCCGCGUGCUCGUGCGCCUGCCGUAG